GUGCUACCAGCAAUUGACUAUAUAAUGAAUCACUAUCUAUGCUACUCUAUUAAGCCUUUAAACAAAUGAUUUUUUUAAAUUAUCAUGAUUAUUCUUUCAUUUAAUUCAGUUUUAAAUGAGCCAAGCGUUAACUAUUAAAUAAUAAUCAUCAUAACCAUCCAUCCAAUUCACCAUAUAGACGAAUCUCAAGGUAACCUUGGUUCAACUUUUGCUCUUUUGGAUUAACCAUUUCUUCAUCCAUUCAACAAUUUUUUCCUUCGAUCGUUUUUUUUGUGGUUUGAAAAUGGUGGGAUUAAGCCUUUAAAAAUAACAUGAACAUCAAACCAAGUCGAUAGACGGCUUACAAACCUUGUAAUUUAAUGUAAAUAUUGUGAUGGUUGAAGAUAUUCACUUGUGUUUUUCAUCAGAACUUAUCUAAACAAUCAACUAAUUGGUACAUUUCCUGCCAACAUGAGAGUUUCAAUGCUUGUCAGAUUAUUCAAGCCGCGGCGUAUUUCAUCAACCACUGUCAACUCGAAAAAUUUACGUACUUGGAGCGGAGGAAAUGUAAAUUUGUUGUUUCUCCCCAAUUUCGGCUUUACGAAAUUCAAUCAAAAAAGUAACUUCUCAUCCAAGCAGGAAUCUUAUUUUUCCGCUAUUGGAGGAGAAUCGGAUGACCCUCCGCCAGAAUUAACUCCAGAACAGGUUACAAACAUACUCACUAUGAAUGAGGUGAAAUUUUUCUCUUCAGGACGAAUCAAAACAAUCGAAUGUAACCAAUUAGCUGCAAAUAAUCCUACCGAGGAUCGCCUCAGAGUGUCCAAAUUAAAUUUAAAAGAGUUCAAUUCAUCAUCUGAUAAUAGUUCAGCGCAAGAAGCAACAAUAUUUGCUGUGUUUGAUGGCCAUGGAGGAAGACUGUGUGCAGAUAUAAUUACCAAACGUCUUUUCAGUUACAUAGCUUUAGCCUUGUGCUCAGAUCCAGUAAAUGUGGCCAGUGAUGCACAAAAUUUGGACAAAAUUGUGGAAGACUUACAAAUGAUUCCAAACGUCACUAAAAGUUUGAAUCUUUCUUAUGGACCAUUAGCCUGUGAACGAAUUAAUGGAGUUACAAAGGAAAGAACCAAAUAUUAUCUAGAGAAAUAUGCUCAGAAACUUAAAGAAACUUCCUUCCAGUCAAUCGAAGAUAAAUUGGUUGAUGCUUUCUUGCAAUGUGAUCAAGAUUUAUCUGAUGAAAUUGAACAUGGCUUAGAGAAUCCUAUUUCAAAUGUUCUCAUUCAUUACUACCUUUCCAUGGCUGUCAGUGGCUGCUGCGUAACUUUACUUAUGGUCCAUGGUGACGAUUGCUAUAUUGCAUCCACAGGUGAUUGUAAGGCAGUCCUAGGAUUUCGUGAAGCUGGACCUGCUAACUAUCAAGUUACUAAAUCAAUUGACUUGACAAAUGAACACAAUAGUGAUAAUGCAGCUGAAACAAAGAGAUUACUUUCUUCUCAUCCAUCCAAUGAAAAGAAAACUAUUAUAAGAAAUGAUAGACUUUUAUCUCAUCUCAUGCCUUUUCGAGCUUUUGGUGAUUUUUGUUAUAAAUGGGAGAUUGAUAAAAUUAAAAAAGCUGGUUUAACUAAAGCUUUUGGACUUCAUAUAAUACCUCCAAAUUAUCUGACUCCACCCUAUCUUACGGCAAAACCUGAAGUUUCCAAGAUCUCUUUGUCAAGUAAAACAGACGCAACUAUUGGAGAUAGAUUCAUUGUGAUUGCAACGGAUGGACUUUGGGAACAAUAUGGCUCUAGUCGUUGUUUAAUUAAACAAUUAUUCCGACACCAUUUUAGAUUAAGUUCAAGUUUUUCAUCUUCUAAUGAAAAUUUAUCUGUGCCAAAAAAAGUUGACUCCUAUCAAAGUUAUCAACACGAAGAGGUAUCCAAGAAAAUAGUUCAACAUGCUCAAUCAAAAAAAGCUAGUUGUGAUGAUGAACAACCCAAGGAAGAUGAAGAUUUUAUUGAUAUCAACAGUUCAACGCAUUUAAUCCGAGUUGCCUUAGGAACACCUCCAUUGCCGAACAUGGUCCAAGACGAUGAUUUGGUUCCAUAUCAAUUGCAACACAAAAGAUUAUCUACUUUUUUGACAUUACCGCCUCACUUAGUACGUAACUUUAGAGAUGAUAUUACUGUUAUUGUUUUGAAAUUAGAUUGACUUAGAGAAAAAACAUUUUGUUUUAUCAAAAAAGAAUCAACCAAUGAAUUGAAAUAAUUUGCAAAUGAGAUCUGGAAAUCAACCAAAUCUAACCAGGUGAAAAUAAUAAAUAAUUUGUAAAUCUUGUUAUUAUCUAGGAUAAAAAAAUCCAAUUUAAAUUGCUCAAACAUUUACUGAAUUUUAUCGAAUCGUGCUCUAGUCUAGUUUUAUUCAUGUUUUUUUUAAAAAUUCAAAUGUCAAUUUUAAAAUCUAUAAAUCUAAAUUUUGAAACCUU